CAGCAAAUUUUCAAUCAUUCCAGCUGUUCGGCUUUAUCAUCCGGUUAAUUUAUAACAAAAACAUUUGUUUGACUUUUUUUUCUUUUGAUUUGACUUGAUUGUGGCAUUCUUUCAGUAGUCGUCGUCGAAUCAGCCGCAAUUCAUUUUGUUUUCAGAUCAACAAGUAUUAUAUUUUAUCCUGUUUGUAGUAACAUUAUAAAACUACUGUUCCAAAUGAUUCUAAUUUCUAUAUUAAAUUAAAGUUUAGAAACUGAACUCAAUUCGUUUAUUUAAAAAAAAAUCUUUUAGACAGUGGCUAUCCAUUGUUGAUUAAUUUUAUUGGAUUAUUACAAAAAACUAUAAAAUCAUGGCUACACGAAAGAGAAGUGGUUCGGGAUCUAAAAGACAUUUGAAGGAAAAAGUUGUGCAAAUAUAUGAGUCCUUUUUUAGAGGCGAAGAUUUAACGAGUGAUAAUCCAACAUUUUGGGAUGAGUUUUUCUUGUUGAAACCAAAAAUUCCACAGCUGGAAGCUGAGAUACAUAAACUAUCAGUAGAGCAACUAUUGAACAUGAAAGAAAGCAUAAAUUUGCUUGUAACACAAUGCAUAGAAAUGUUAGGACAAGAACACCACAUAAGGUUGGUGUAUGCUUUGCAAACAUUAAGUGCUCUCAUGAUUACAAUGUACCAAAGAACAACUCAAGACAACAAUUUAAAUGUUAAAGUGGUUUUAAUUGGAACUGAGAAUGCAGAUGUCAAAAUGCAAAAAUUAUUUGAACACUGCAGUACUAUGCUAUCUGGUGAUGUUCCAGAUAGUUUAAAAUCUAUGGUUAUAAAGCUUCUGCUUGUAAUAGCAACAGGAAUUGAUAAUAUAGAUGAUAAUCCUCUUGUGGAGUAUUUAAUGCUAAAUUCACUAUUUGAACCUUUAAUACAGUUGCUGUGCACAUCAACUGAACGACAACAACAUGGCUAUGAUGUUGUUAUGCUUUUGAUGUUCCUGGUAAACUACAAAAAAGAAGAGUCAGCUAAUCCAUAUAUUGUAAAGUUAUCAAUACUUGAUGAUGAAUUAGCUUUAAAUGGAUAUGGUCAAGUGAUUACAGCAGCUUUGAAUGAUUUUGUCAUGUCAACAUUUGGUGGUAUGCAAGGUGGGAGUGGGGGUGGUGGUUGGCUUUCCUCUCUUACAAGCAUGGUGGGUGGGAUAUUUCUGACAAGUGAUGAUACUCAACCAGUUGUGAGAGGACAGAGAAACAGUGGGGGUGAAGAAGGCAUGUUGUUAGCCUUGUAUGAGGCGGCUCACCUAAAUCGUAAUUUUAUGACUACGUUGGCACACUCUUCGGCCGCUGCGUCCUCCGCGCCACCCUCACCACCCGCCACGUUGCCACCGCACCAGAAUCCUCCAAAUCUAACGCAAAUACAAGCACUGGACAAUGAACAACCUACUAAUCUAUUAGUGACGUUCUUCCAAUAUUGUUCCAUAGUGAUGGCUGACACGAGAAGCGAAGCCAGCAUCAACAAAUGCAGUUUAUGUUUUAUAACUUUAACAUGCAUAGUGGAAGAACAAUUUGCUAAUUCUAUUAUGCAUGAUCAAAAUCUUACUUUUAAGGUUCAAUUAUAUAGGUUGCCAAUGCGUCAUAGAAAAAUAGUUCCCGAGGAACCGCCUUCGCAGCCUUUAGCUUCUACUUUAAUAGAUCUACUAGUGGAAUUCACGAUGUGCCACCUGCUGAAGAAGUUCCCUGGGGAGCUGUAUUCGCUGUGUCUGGGUGUACUGGUGAGGCUGCUCAGCUACCAGAAGAGAGCGCGCGUGCGGCUGGCGCGUGACUGGCGCCCUCUGUGGGCGGCGCUCAUCGCGCUUCUCAAGUUCCUCGUCGCCAAUGACACCGCGUUGUUGCGCCGACACAACAUCUUCCUAAUGGCACAGCAGGUCGUAAAUAUAUUCAACAUUUUCAUUACGUUUGGUGAUACGUUUUUACCAACACCAGCGUCUUAUGAUCAGCUAUAUUACGAACUUAUCAGAAUGCAUCAAGUAUUUGAUAACCUUUUCUAUAUGGCGUUACGAUAUUCUACGGGAGACGGUGAAUUCAAGGCUGAAGCACUACGUCUGGCAAAUUGUUUAGUUAAUGUUCGUGCAAUAAUUCAACAUUUUUCGCCUAAAAUUGAAUCGUGGUUGGCUUCACAAAACCUUUCCACGCCUACUGAGGAUCAGAUCUUGGAAGUGGUGCGCAAGAACUACGACAGCCUGAUCCUGAAGCUGCAGGAGGGUCUGGAGGGCUACGAGCGGUACAGCGAGCGGCAGCACCGCGAGCUGGUGGCGCGGGAGGCGCGCGGCGCGGCGGCGGCGGCUCGCGCGCGCGGGCCCCGCCUGCACGCCGCCGCCUGCGCCGCCGCCACCGCGCUCUCGCACUACUCCGCCAUCGCCUGAGGCCCGCGCGUCCCCACGCUACCCCACGUCCGCCGCAGGUAUAUCGCACUCACCCACUUACACGCUCAUCCGACGGAUCCGAUACAAGAGGCGAGACCAAAGAUUUAUCACGCUCGUGUGCCUGUAAUGUACGUGUGAACACCGGGUAGUUCUUCAUUUGCAAGGACGCCAAGUAAAAAGCGAGGUGCUCGGCGACGCGUUCCUAAGGUGACUGGCUGUAUGCUAUCGCUACCGCGCUCUCCCAUUAAUCCGCCAUCGCCUGUGACUGGUACCAUACGUCUAUUAGGUGUAACUUAGUCGCCUGCUUAAUUACGUUGGAAAUUCCAUGCAAAAGGCGAGACCAAAAAGCAAUCGCAAUAGUGUGCCUGUAAUGUAGAAAAUGUAACCAUAGGAUUGUUCUAGUAACAAAAAAUAAAUAAUUAUUUAAUUUCAUAUUUGUUAUGAAGUGCAUUUUUUAUGAUUGUUUAUAUUAUAGUUAUAAUUUUUAUACCUGUGCGAUUCAAAAUGUUUGUGUAUUUACUUGUUACCUAUUUUAUGUCGUUAAUCUGGCAUAUCUAUUUUUAGUUUUUUCACCCUCUUUUAUAUAAAUUAAACAUUAUUCAUCUUCGUUACCUACUAAAUCUAAGUGACUAGUAUCAGUAGAUAAUUUAUGCUAUUAUUUAUCUUUAUAAAUAAGUAAAUUUUAAUUAUAUUUUUAUAUUCGACUAUGUAACUUUAAUAUCUAAAUUACUUUCGCGAGAUCUAAUUUAUAUAUUGUAUAUAUAAUAGCACGAGUUUGUGAAAAUAAUAAAUUAUGUUACGAAAUAUAUGAUCGAGAGGCAGGUAGGUGCAGACACGUUUGCAGACUAAAUUUUAGUUUUAUAUACCUAUAUCAAUUGAUAUAAUAAUAAUUGUGAUGAUUAACCAUUUGAAUUUAUAUUUAUAAUUUUCAAUCAUAUAAAAAGUAUUAUUAUUAAAGUUAUUGUCAUAUAUAAUAUGAUACAACUUUGCCCGCGUGACUAGGAUACGCCGAUAAUUUAGAAUGAAUAGUGACCUGUAUAUCUUUCUCAAUCACAUAUCGUCAUAGUCGUAGAAUACUGACGGGUCUGACAAAGAUUAUGUAUAAAGAUCCGUCAGUAUUCUACGACUAUGACGAUAUAAUACGUAGUACGUGUCUACGUGUAUAACAAAUUUUAUAACGAUUGGUUGAGGCAUUAUGGCGCUAAUUAUAUAUUAUUAGUACAAUAUUUAUCAAAUCGAAAUUUUAAAAAAUAUAUUAUAAAUUGAAUAUCAAAAAAUUAUUGCCCCUGUAUCUGAGUGGAGAAUAAUGGAACCAACUUAUGUCACGUAAACUGCAUAAAUUUGAACUAAUAAAAAAGGUGUCAAAAACAUAUAUCAAAAAGAAUAUGAAAAUAAUAUAAAUAUACAAAUAUGUACAUAAAAAAGGUCGACUGGCCAAUUUGUCAUCAACAACCUGGUUUAAUAAUUUUUAAAGCCUAUUUGGUCCAAAAAUGAGAGGUUUUUCCGCCUCUAAAUAAACAUUGGCGUAUUUAUUUUACAGGAGAGUCUUGGCCCCUUAAAAAUGGUGGAUAUGUACACUAAAACAUGUUUUUAUUAUGCUUUGCUUGCAUCCUGGGAUGUGCACCAGGUGGUUCUAGGACAGGCACGGCUAACCCAACCGCCGCCACCCACCUCCCUCUCUAAAUAUGCCUAUACAAAUAAAUAUUUGUGUAAUCUUAAGUAUUUUCCGUAUGCUUUGCAAUACAAUUUAUUUAUAUAAAUAUGGUAAUUGUGAAAUAGUUUGGAAUUUAUAUGUAAACAAAAACGCAAAAACGGUUGCAAGUACAUUUGUUUUUUGUAUAAUAUCAAAAUCGUUACUGAUAGCAUUAACUAGCUAUGAUAUUUUAUAUGAAGAACCACGUGAUAACGUUUAAGAUUAAUUAUUUCAUCGUCAUAUAAUGGUGCAAAACAUGUUCUACUCUUGGUUUACCACCAACCAGUGUACUGUUUUUUUAAACUGAAUUUUUUACUAGUAUUGUAAUGGCAAAACCAUAUCAUUUAAAUCAUUUAAUAGCUGGCUAUUUAAUGAUUUUACAUUUAUCAAUAUCUGAACUAUCUAUUAAUCUCUGAAGAUUGCCACUAAAUAAUGGUCUCAUGUCUUUUAACCGCAUAUAUAUAUAUAUA